GAGACUUUUGGCCUCGUUAUUGGGGUGGGAUUAUUGUGAUUGAUCAAACCAUGGGGUUUUUCAAAGCUCUUGGAGGGGGAAAGCUACUCAAAGAGGGGUUUUUAACUGGUUUUAUACUGAAUUCCCAUGCAAGAGCUAAUUACAAGGCUGCCAAAGCUACUGGAUUCGAUCAAAAUUUCAAAGGAGAAGGUGGAAUCAAGGGGGGGAUGUUUAUAAUUAGAAGUGGGAGAGGAGGUGUUGCAUAUCAGUUCAUUGAAAGGAACUUCGGAGAUUGGGCGCCUAUUGGUGAAGUGGUAGAGAUUUGUACUCGGAUAAAGAAUGAAUCAGAAGGUUAUGGAAAAUAAAUACUCAAUGCGACCAAAGACAUUGCAUUGAAUUGUGGC